UGGUCGUGAUGGCGGGCGGCGUGUCCGGGAGAACGGACCCGUUCCCCGGGCCGGCGCCGGUGCCGCGGCCCAGAGUGAAGCGGUUCCUGCGGGGCCCGGAGGAGAAAGCGCCCCGUGCCGUCGCCCCCCGGCUCCGCUGGCACCUGAAAAAUUUGGAAAAUCGGGAAAAUUCGGCGGCGGAAAAAGCGGCGAGAUGGGAACCCCUCCUGCCCGAGGAGCCAGGGUUUUUGGAGCCGGAUCCGGGCGAGGAUCCCGCCCGGAUCUCGCAGCGGGAAAUCGCCGAAUCCGUGGAUAUCGCCAGCGCCAGCAAGCACUUUGAGCUGCGCCUGGAGCAGUUUGGGCCCUACAGGCUGGACUACGCCCGAACCGGCAGGCAGCUGUUACUGGGAGGCCUCCGGGGUCACGUGGCUGCCCUGGACUGGGCCCAGCGGCGCCUCCUGAGCGAGUUCAGCGUCGGGGAGAGCCUGAGAGACCUGCGCUGGCUGCACUCCGAGUCUCUCCUGGCCGUCGCCCAGCGCCGCUGGCUCCACGUCUACGACAACCAAGGCUUGGAAAUCCACGUGCUCCGCAAUUUCCAGGGAAUUCUGCGCCUGGAAUUCCUUCCCUACCACUUCCUGCUCGCCGCCGUG